AUUUCGAGAGAUAGUGAUGUACUGUCUGAUGAUGUGAGAUUGGCUUCAGCGAUAGUUAUUCCGAGCUUUAUUUCAUCAUAAUAUGUUUAGGGUUCAGGUAAUUUGUUGCAGGCAGGUUUCAGGUUAGGUUUUGGUUUAGAGUCAGGAUUAGAUACAGUUUGAGGUCUAGGACUGAAGUAAUCAAUUUGGUUAAGCAUGGGAUGUUGACAACAGAACAAUUAAUACCAGAGCACUAUUUACUUCUGUACCUGUAAUAUCUGAUAUUCCCAUUGUAGACAGUAUACCUUCAUAUCUCUUAAUUUGUUUUGUGCUACAGACCGGAAGGAAUGCAUUGGUCUCUCUCAAAGGCAGAACAAACAUUUCUAUUACCUCCCAUCCACCAAAACUGAUGCGAUCCAACCCCGAACUUGUUUACCCUUGAUACCGGUACCUCAUCAGCAGCUGAUGACGAGUCCAGACCUUGUGCUCCCCUGCAUCUCACACUUCUCUCCCCAACUUAGUGGUGUGGUGGAGGUGGUGGAACCUUCAUCAGUCGUCAUGGUGACUCCUCCGCCUUCCCCAUCCAAAGCCACAGGCUCCCCAUCCCCCUCCUCCUCCUCAUCAUCAACGGUGACUUUUACCCUGGUGGAAGGGAUAGGGGAAGCCCUCAUCUUCCUGUUGUACAUACUCUGGGUCCUCCUUUCGACGUGCGCAGUGUUUCUCUUCAACUCCUCUAAGGUGGCCGUUACCAUGGCAACACCAACUCUUCACAAAUGGAUCAAACUUGCCUUUGUGUCUGAUAAAACUGAAGGUGGAAAGAAAGGGGAUGCAGGAAUGGAAGGUGAAAGGAAAGGAAGUGGGUUAACAACAAAGCUUGGUAAAGACUCCGGAAUAAUAGGAAACAAAGGAGGAAGAGGAACGGGAGAAGGAACAGAGAGUGGAUACUUUGAGGAUAGAGAUAUUGGAACGAUUUUUGAAAGGUGUGAUGGUGAGGAAAUCAUCAGUGGUGCAGCAUCCGCUCGAGGUGGUGGUAGUGGUUGCUAUGGGGAUGGUAGUAGCGCAAACAUUAAUGUAAUAACAUCAGUUGAAGAGCAGAGCAUCGAUGGAGAUUGGAUCCAGACCAAAUUCGAUGAAGAGAACGGAAGCUGUGAGGAUUUAUUGGAUGUUAAUAGAAACUUCCGGACUGGAGCAAGGAGUCGGAGAAAGCUGUUUGGGGUAACUGGUGGUGAGGAUGAUGAUAGGGAGGCGGUAGAUGAGGAGGUGGUAAGCAGAUCAGACUCUGGUAUUGAGAUGAUGGAGCCUGAUAAACCAACAGAAUGCCAGCCCACCAUCUUCGGGACGCUCGCUAAGGAUAAACCCAAGCAAGAUGGCAGUCCAAAGGUAAGGAAAUUAUCUUCCUUUUUCUUCUCGGAGCUGAGAUUGAAUAUUUUUUUCCUUUUCCAUUUGCAUUCCCCAUCCACCUUCUCCCGAUCUCCUCUAUUUGCCUUCCCCCGGGCUGCCUUUUUGUAUAGAUGUUUUCUCACUGUUGUUUCUCUGCCACCAUACUAUCCAUUUUUCUCUCUGUUAAUCAUAAGUUCUUCUCUACCAUCUUCACAUAAUCUUUGUUCUCGUACCGUAUGUUUGGAGCCAUGA